CUAAACUGCCCACAAGACUUCAUGCUCCCUAGUGAUCCGCAAUCAGACCUGGCAAGGGGAAUGGGGAACCUUGAGAUUGAUGGGAAGAACUAAGUGGUUAAGAUGGAUGAAGAUUUCUCCUCCCAGGUGAAGAAGAUUGGUCUAGCCAUGGGGACGUCCCUAUCAGACAAAGACAUUGACAUGCUGCCAUCAGACAUGAGGCACCAUGGCUCUUUCAACUACAGUAGAUUCUUUGAGUACAUGCAGAAGUUCCAGACCUCAGGCCAGCAGGAGGAGAUCAUCCGGAAAUCCUUCCAGAUGCUGGACAAAGACAAAAGUGGCUUCAUUGAGUGGAAUGAGAUCAAAUACAUCCUGUCCACGAUCCCCAGCACUGGUCCUGCAGCUCCCCUGACAGAUGAAGAGGCUGAGGCUAUGAUCCAGGCAGCUGACACCGAUGGAGAUGGACGGAUUGACUUUGAAGAAUUCUCUGACAUGGUCAAAAAAGAGAAGAUGCCAAAGAAGAAAUAGAAAGAAGACAGACCCCCAGCCACUCUUUACUCAUGUGCAUCUAACCCUACUUACCUACAGCUUUGAGAAAGUUACUGGGUUGUAUCUGCACGUACAGUGGGCCAGCAAACCCAGGAUGGAGUAAGAUACCCACUGGUGAUCAGCACCAAGGCAGCCACAACUUUUAUCCUGGAAAACAGAAUGUGAGCUCCUUGAGGGCAAGGAUUGUGUUUUGUUUUGGCUUUUGUCUCCCCAGCACCAAUUAGUGCCUUGCACACAGGAGGCACUUAAUAAAUGUUUGUUUAAUUGAAUGGAACUGAACAAAGGAGAAAA